AUGCCUCUUCACCUACUCGGCAAGAAGUCAUGGAACGUCUACAACCCCGAGAACAUCGCCCGUGUACGGCGUGAUGAAGCUGAGGCCAAGGCCCGGGAGGAGGAAGAGGAACGUCGUAUGCAGGAAAUUGAUGCUGAGCGCAGAAUCCAAAUUCUCCGUGGCGAACGGCCCUCUACCCCACCACCCCCGCCGUCUGCUCCAUCAGAUACCCGACGCGACAGGACUCAUGGAGAGGAUGCUGGAAGAUAUAGAAAGCGGAGACGGCUGGCAGGUGAAAAUGAUACGGAUCGCGAUAUCAGACUCGCGAGGGAAGAUGCUCAGUUGAUGCUGGCGAAAAGGGAGGAGCUCGCUGUGUCCAAGACCAGCGAUGCGCCACUUUUAGACAGUACAGGGCAUAUCAAUUUAUUUCCUUCCGAGGCAACGCGGAAACCAGCAGAAAAAAAUCAAGAGGCAGAGAAGGAGGCGGCUGACAAGAACCGGAGUUAUGAGGACCAAUAUACGAUGCGCUUCUCGAAUGCGGCGGGGUAUCGACAGCCCGCUGGCCAAAUGCCUUGGUACUCUUCCUCCAGUCGUGAUGUUUUGGCGCCUGAUGCUAUGCCCGAAAAGGAUGUUUGGGGCAAUGAGGAUCCGAUGAGACAGGAGAGGGAGAGAGCCCGGCUAGAUGCCAACGAUCCACUUGCGGCGAUAAAGAGGGGAGUUCGCCAGUUGAAGACAAGAAAUCGAGGAGCUCGCACCGACAUCGCUCGUAUCGCCGCGAAAGAAGUCGCGAUCGUUCUCGCGAUCAUUCCCACAGGCGACACCGCCACUCCCAUUCGCACUCCCAUUCGCACCGUCAUCGUGAUCACCAUGACCAAGACCGAGGGGAAGCUCGCGAGGCGCAGUCGCACAAACGCCAUGCGUGACACCUUUCAUUAUGGAAGCUUGGUCUUGAUGUGA